UGCAGCCCCAGUUUAGUGCACCGUGGCGGUGGCGGUGGCGCGAGCAGCUGGCGCCGCGCAGUCCCGCUUCGGCGCAGGACGCACCGGCGGGCGGACGGCCGCGGGGACGGAGCGGACAGCGGGCGGGCGGGCUGCCGGCUGAAACGGGCGUUGUGCGCGGAGCCGGGCGCUAGCGGCAGCCAGACUCCCGAGCCUUGCCCUCCUACCCACGCCGGAGCCGGGCCGCGGGGGUGCAGUAUGCCCGCGCCCGCCGCCUGAGGACGCCGUGGCCCCCGCCCCAGCCAUGGGAGCCCCGGCCUGCGCGCUAACGCUCUGCGUGGCCGUGGCCCUGGCGGUGGUGGCCGGAGCUGCCUCCGAAUCCCCAGGCACAGAGCAGCGCCUUGUGCGGAGAGCCGCAGAGGUGCCAGAGCCUGAGCCUAGCCAGGAGGAGCAGGUGGCCUUUGGCAGUGGGGAUACCGUGGAGCUGAGCUGCCACCCACCUGGGGGUGCCCCUACAGGCCCCACCGUCUGGGUCAAGGAUGGCACAGGGUUGGUGACCUCCCAUCGAAUCCUGGUGGGGCCCCAGCGUCUGCAGGUGCUGAAUGCCUCCCACGAGGAUGCAGGAGCCUACAGCUAUCGGCAGCGUCUCACUCAGCGCGUCCUGUGCCACUUUAGUGUGCGUGUCACAGAUGCCCCGUCCUCAGGAGAUGAUGAAGAUGGGGAAGAUGUGGCUGAAGACACAGGGGCCCCUUACUGGACUCGGCCAGAGAGGAUGGAUAAGAAACUGCUGGCUGUACCGGCCGCCAACACUGUUCGCUUCCGCUGCCCGGCUGCUGGCAACCCCACUCCCUCCAUCUCCUGGCUGAAGAAUGGCAAGGAAUUCCGUGGGGAGCAUCGCAUAGGGGGCAUCAAGCUGCGGCACCAGCAGUGGAGCCUGGUCAUGGAGAGUGUGGUGCCCUCCGACCGUGGCAACUAUACCUGUGUGGUGGAGAACAAGUUCGGCAGCAUCCGACAGACAUAUACCCUGGAUGUGUUGGAACGUUCUCCACACCGGCCCAUCCUUCAGGCGGGGCUGCCGGCCAACCAGACAGCUGUUCUGGGCAGCGAUGUGGAGUUCCACUGUAAGGUGUACAGUGAUGCACAGCCACACAUCCAGUGGCUGAAACACGUGGAGGUGAAUGGCAGCAAGGUGGGCCCCGAUGGCACGCCCUACGUCACUGUGCUCAAGUCCUGGAUCAGUGAGAAUGUGGAGGCAGACGCACGCCUCCGCCUGGCCAAUGUGUCGGAGCGGGACGGGGGCGAGUACCUCUGUCGAGCCACCAAUUUCAUAGGCGUGGCUGAGAAGGCCUUUUGGCUGCGUGUUCGCGGGCCCCGAGCAGUUGAGGAGGAGCUGAUGGAGGCUGGUGAGGCUGGCAGCGUGUACGCGGGCAUCCUCAGCUACGGGGUGGGCCUCUUCCUCUUCAUCCUGGUGGUGGCGACUGUGACACUCUGUCGCCUGCGCAGUCCCCCCAAGAAGGGCCUGGGCUCCCCAACUGUGCACAAGGUCUCUCGCUUCCCACUUAAGCGACAGGUAACAGUGUCCUUGGAGUCCAACUCAUCCAUGAACUCCAACACACCCCUGGUCCGCAUCGCCCGGCUGUCCUCGGGAGAAGGUCCUGUCUUGGCCAAUGUUUCUGAACUUGAACUGCCUGCUGACCCCAAGUGGGAACUAUCCAGGACCCGGUUGACGCUGGGCAAGCCUCUCGGGGAGGGCUGCUUUGGCCAGGUUGUCAUGGCGGAGGCCAUCGGCAUUGACAAGGACCGCACAGCCAGGCCGGUCACUGUGGCUGUGAAGAUGCUGAAAGAUGAUGCCACUGACAAGGACCUGUCGGACCUGGUGUCUGAGAUGGAGAUGAUGAAGAUGAUUGGCAAGCACAAGAACAUAAUCAACCUGCUGGGGGCCUGCACGCAGGGUGGGCCCCUGUAUGUGCUGGUGGAGUAUGCGGCCAAGGGCAAUCUGCGGGAGUACCUGCGGGCACGGCGCCCUCCAGGCAUGGACUACUCCUUCGAUGCAUGCAGGCUGCCUGAAGAGCAGCUCACUUGCAAGGAUCUGGUGUCCUGUGCCUACCAGGUCGCCCGGGGCAUGGAGUACCUGGCCUCGCAGAAGUGCAUCCACAGAGACUUGGCUGCCCGGAACGUCCUGGUGACCGAGGACAAUGUGAUGAAGAUUGCAGACUUCGGCUUGGCCCGUGAUGUGCACAACCUGGACUACUACAAGAAGACUACGAACGGCCGGCUACCUGUGAAGUGGAUGGCACCAGAGGCCCUGUUUGACCGGGUCUAUACCCACCAGAGUGACGUCUGGUCCUUUGGGGUCCUGCUCUGGGAGAUCUUUACUCUGGGGGGCUCACCAUACCCUGGCAUCCCAGUGGAAGAGCUUUUCAAGCUGUUGAAAGAGGGCCACCGCAUGGACAAACCAGCCAACUGCACACACGACCUGUACAUGAUCAUGCGGGAAUGCUGGCAUGCAGUCCCCUCCCAGAGGCCCACUUUCAAGCAGCUGGUAGAAGACCUGGACCGCAUCCUCACUGUGACAUCCACUGACGAGUACCUGGACCUAUCUGUGCCUUUUGAGCAGUACUCACCAGGUGGCCAGGAUACUCCCAGCUCCAGCUCCUCGGGGGACGACUCUGUGUUCACCCACGACCUGCUGCCCCCAGCACCACCCAGUAAUGGGGGACCUCGGACGUGAGGGGCCAACAGUACCACAGCUCAGGCCCAGACAAUGUUUACGCGGACCCCAGCCCACCCUGCUGCUGUAGGUGCAGUGGAUCCCGGCCAGACCAGUGCGACAGGCAGACAAUAGACAGGACUUCCUGUAUGUGUGUCCUUGGCCCCUGGAUAAAGAGGCCUCCUGGGAACCUGUACUGCUGUAGAGCGAGCUCCUGACUGGCUGGGGCCAGGAGCAACAAAUGUAGAAUGUAAGGGACCUCACCCUGUAUAGCCCUGGGGUUCUGGCUCACUCAUCCCCUGGUACCACCUUGCAGGGACCAGGGAUCAUUGCAGAGAAUGUUGGACUCCAUGUCCAGGGUGGGCCUUGGCCUCUCUGCUGCCCAAAGCUGAGCCUGCAGGGAAGCCCUGCCCGUGUGGCGAGCCUCCCUCAUACAUGGCACCUUGUGCCUGGGGGUGAGUCACAGCUCCUCACCUCCAGACCUCUCCACUCCCCACCCUGCCCCCUCAGAGACUGAAAUUACGGGUACCUGAAGGUGGGAGCCAUUAACUUCUGUCCGAAAGGUUUAUUCCAGGAGCAAGUGUACAUUUAUAUAAAUAGAUGCUGUGUAUGAUAUAUACAUACAUACAUAUAUAUACACACACAUAUAUGUAUAUAUAUAUGAAUAUGUGGAAGAAGGCAAAGCUGAGACCCAGGGAACAAGAUGCCCCAUGGGGAUUCACUGGUUAGAUGAUAAGAGCCAGCAGAGGAGCAAAGGGCUUUUCCGGCACCAUGGUUUUGUUUGUGCCUGGACCUGUAUAUUUGUAAAGCUAUUUAUCAACUCCCAGAGCCCCAGUCCCCCAGCCCACAUUCAUAGCAUUUAGCCAGUGUGGCAGAGAGAUUUAAGUUUUAACUUAUUAACAGCUGAGGAGGUGGAGGUUUAUGCUGCAUUUAGGGGUGUUGCUGAGAAUGUUAUCUGGCCCAUGCCAAGGCUGGAGGUGGCCCCUUGGAGCCUGAGCUACCCUCAUAGUUGGAGGUGGCUCCAGUGAGUGUUUUUUUAUUACCUUUGACCCUCUUGCAUGGGGCAGUUAGACUUCCACAGGAUCUUUUUUAGGAGAUUUAUUUUUUGAAUUUUAAAGUGAGUUGGUAUUUUCAUAAAGAUUCUUCUAAUUGCUGUGUGUUCCAGGUGUGCGCCUGUGCCCAGGGAGGGGUCAGCCCCGCACACAGGUUCAGAUGUUACAAGUUUAUGUAUAUCUAUAUAUAUAUAAUUUAUUGAGUUUUUACAAGAUGUAUUUGCUGUAGACUUAACACUUCUUAUGCAAUGCUUCUAGAGUUUUAUAGCCUGGACUGCUACCUUUCAAAGCUUGGGAGAGAAAGCCUUGAAUUCAGUUUUGUUACAUUUUGUAUCUUACUGGGCCCCAGGCAUAGGUGGCUGUCCCUUGCCAGUCAGCGGGGCCAGGGCAGUGGCUCAGGGUGACUCUUCUUGGGGCCCAACAUGUGGUUUGUCGGCCCACACCGGCAGAUACGGUUUUGUUAACACAACCGACGUACUUUGCAAAAAAUAAAGAGACAACGGUUUCUGAUUCUA